AAACUAUUACCAAACAGCUUUAAUUAAAACUCAAUAAGUUUUACACAAAAUAACAAACAAAUUCUCAAACCAUUUGGGAAUUACAAACAAAAGUUCUUUACAGAACAUGUUAAGAAAAUUGUUCUAAAACAAAUAAUAAUUUUAAUUACAACACAACUUAAAUACAAAAAAAACACAUAAAAAUGAGUGAUAUAAAAAUUGGAGAAUCGAAUAAAAAUGCCUUAAAUGCAGCCAGCAGAGGUAAUAGCAACAAAACCAGUAAACCAUUUUGUUCGCUGGCGUAUCUGGCCAAAAGUACAAUUGCCAUAAAUGGUACCAACGACAUCAGAACUAUAAAUGGUCAUGGCAGCUGCAGCAGCACUGCAAGCAAAAACAACAGCCAAAGCCACACCAACUUGAAUAAUGGCAAUAAUUGUCAGCCAUCAACGCCAAAUGUGGCAGCUACAGCGAAAGUGAAUGAACGUGGAUCACCAUCAUUGCCAACAGGUGCCAGCACCACAGUUAAUGGUCAUCACACACAGAACGGUAAUAACUAUCAGACAUCCACGACCAGCAACUCGAAUAAAAAUAAUAACAACAUCCACAACACCUGCCCCGACUACAAACACAACUCGAAUGGUAGAUCUAGUGUGUCCGAUGUCUUUGGCAUCAUCAAUGAGGAGGACAUGGAAAAUUGUUGCGAUCAAGUGGAUGGCGAAAUGUCAAAUGACUUGAGACGUCCUUGGGAGCUGACAAAUGGUUCAUAUGUUAAACGUGUGCCGCCCUCAUUAAUGACCACAAAUGGCGGCCACAUAAAUGGUCUGCCCUCACUUUCCAAACUUAACAGUCUAGAUUGUUGGGAUUACACGAUCGAGCUAGAAUGUCUGCAAGGGCCACAAGAUCUUCAAUUGGCUGCUGAAUUGGGUAAAACUUUACUGGAACGCAACAAAGAAUUGGAAACUCUGCUAAAGGAUCACAAACAUACAAUUGAGGAACAAGAACAGGAAAUUGUGUAUUUGAAAAAGCAUACCACUGCGUUGCGGGAAGUAAACGAUUCUCGUUUAAAGGUCUAUGAACAAUUGGAAGUCGGUAUACAAGAUUUGGAGCGUGCCAACCAUCGCUUGCUCGUUGAGAAUACCGCCGAUAAAAAGCAUAUAAAAACGCUUGGUCAUAAUAUCGAGACUUUGGAAGCACGCUGUGAAGAACUGACUAAACAAUUAGAUGAAUGCCGUCAAUCUUUGACCUUUGAGAGACGCAAAAAUGAACGUCUCUUGGCGGAGAAAAGCAAGCAGGGCUGUGAUGCCAAUGGUGUUAAAUUGAAACCCACUUUGAAUUCGGAUUCGAACAAUUCACCCUCAGAUACCCAGCAAAUGGGUUACGAUGCCAAUACUACCGCCCCAGAAAACUGUAGCUAUGCUUUUGCCACUCCUUCUCCUAAGAACAAUGCCAACUCGACGGGUAUUAGUGGAAUUGAUGGUGAUAGUUCGUUUGACUUGAGCAUGGUGUGUGGUCAAGAGGGCAAUGAUGAAAUCAUAAAAUUGGUUAGUGAUCUAGAGACCACCAAAAGGGCUUUUAUGUGUGAACAACAAAGAUGUGGUGAAUUGGAGGAACAAUUGGUGUCAAUAAUUCAAGAAAAUCAAUCUUUACAAAGUCGUAUUGCUCAAACAAGUGCCACCGAGGAAAUGAAAUCCAUGCAUGAUGAAUUAUCUAUAUUAGAUGAAGUGCGGCAAGGUCAAAUGUGCAGUCGUUGUUUGCGCUCUAUGGAUGAUCGCCUCAUGAUUAAUGAUGAACAAUCCUCGUUGGCACCCACCGAGGAAUGUGAGGAAGAUGAAGAGCGCAGUUUGCUGGACUUGGAAGGCAAUCGUGAUGAUAAUGCCAGUGAACAUUCACAGGCAGCCUACCGCAGCAGCAUGUCCAUUAAGGUUACGCCACAACAUCCCGAUUCUUUGGAUUUGAAUAUACCAGGUAGUCCCAAUCCCUAUCGUGAUUUGGUGGAAAAAUAUGAAGCCUUAUUGGAGGUGCAACGUUCAUCGAUUGCUCGCAAAAAUAAUCACAUUGCUAUGGGUGGUAAUGGUGGUGGUGUUGGCAUGUCUUUGGCCGAAGAAUUCCAGUCAUCCGGUGAGUUUGCUCAAACUCAAAAGCUCAUGUUCCAGGCGGCACAUGGUGAAAAUAGCGGUAAUUGUAAUGCCUCCAACAAUGGCGAUGCUGCCAGCAGUUGCAAUGGCAGCAUGAACAAUGACUCCAACAAUUCAAAUACCAAAAAUGAUAAAAAUCGUGGUCGCACUCCAACGGAAUUCUCUGAAGCGGAAACCUCCUCUUCAGGCUUCUCGGAUGAGACCAGCAACAAGGGCACCCAAACUGAUGAAAGACCCGGCUAUUUCCUAUGUUCCAUUGGUGAUGGUGAAGACUGUACUAUUAGCAUUUAUGAUGAUGUCAGCCCAAUUGAUUCACGCUUCCGCAACCGUCCUGAGUACCGGGAAUUGUUUAAGGAAAUCUUUGCCGUACUCAAGAAGGCUGCCGAAAACAAAGAAGAGGGCGACAAGUUACCUUUGCUGGAUGAUACUCAUCCCAAUGGCGUAACAGCUCAAAAAGUGCCACCUGUAACUCCUGCCAAUGAAGAAUUGCCGGUUGAUUUUGCCGAUGAUGCUCAAAGUGUUAUAUCCUCGGCCGUUUCGGAACAGUCCUUUGCCAUGUCUGAGUGCAUUACCAAAUUAGAACGCAAAACAGCCAAAAAACACAUCAUUGAGAAGAAUCAGGAAAACAAGCCUCCCAUGGCCGCCUCCGUUGCUCAACUGUCGUCGCCUAGUGGCAAGCAAAUUGUAGAGAAUGGUCGCAUAUUGACACCCUUAAAGCGGGAACCUUUGGACUAUUUGGCCGUUGGUGUAGGUAUUAAGAAGAAGAAUCGUCGCAAGAAUCGCAACUUCUCCAGUGAUCGCUCUGAGUCUCCUUUGGCUUUGCCAACACCACCGCGCAUCUUUGUGGCCAGCGGCAAGAAACGCAAAGAGGUGCGUCCCUAUGUAGAGUCACCUAUGGCUGCCACCCCAGAUCCCUACAACACGCCCGGUUCAUCGCGUGGUGGCUCUCGAGGUGCUCCCAAAUAUGAAUGGAAUGGUAAUUCCAUGAUCAUUUAUAAUCGUUCUGCCCGAGGACGUAGCGCCACGGGUGAAGUUGAUGUAUCGAACAUACCCUAUCGGCCCAGUACUGUAUCCCAAGAUUUGCACAAACUAAAGAAACUUGACUUGUCAUAUGCGGAAGUCUUAAGACGUGCUGACGCCUGCAAACAACAUCAUCAUUCUCAACAGCAGCAACAAAGACGAAGGAAUCAUCGUCACUAAAUUAACGAACAACAACAAAGAAAUCUUAAAACAAAACCCCCCCCAGUGUAAUCAAGAAAACAUAAGUAGUCUUCAUAAAUUUAAGUACGUGUCUUUGACGGCUCUCCCCCCACCCACUCUUAAUGAUCACUAAAGACACCCACUCUCUCAUUUGAUUGUUUAUAAUAUUCAAAUUUGUAUAAUUUAAAAUUUAGAUGUAACUGCCCCCAAAAAGCAAAACAACAAAACAAAAAACCAGCCCGAUCAAGAGAAACCAAGUACAUAAUAUUAAGAAUUAUUCAUCUGCCAUUGAAGCUGAAUCUCUCAGUUGUUUCAUAUUCUCCCUUCCCCUCUUCUUAAAAACUUUAUUUAUCCUUUUACCUAAUUUUUUUUUAUUCAUUUAACUCCCUCCUCCUGAUUAUGUAAUUAUUAUUAUUAUGAUUUCCAUCAAAUUUUAUUUACAAUUUUAAAUUGUUUCUUUUUUUAGAAAAAAAGCGUAGCUACGUUUAAAUUUAGUUUUUUUUUUUUCAAAAAAUUAUAUUUUUUAAAAAAAUGUCCUUUUUACUUUGAAAACUUUAACAAAUCAAACAUUUAAUUUUAAGUGCAUAUGUAUCGCAAAGAGUUUUAUUUUUGAUAAUUGUGGGCUUAGCGCACAAUCCGCAUUAUUUCUUUUUUAAAGUUUACAAACAAAAAAAGUUAAUUUUUUUAGUAUAUUUUAUUUGUAUUUGCUUUAAUUUUUUUUAAUUAUAAUUUUUUAUUUUGUAAAUAGUAUGAGUUUAAAACCAAAUUUCUUUAAGUCUUAAAUCAACGAAUUCUGUUUUUUGUAUUGUGUAUGAGUAAAUAAUCCCUCUUCAUUAUCUCCCAUUUAAUUUAAAACAAAAUUUAACUAAAAAUCUUGCAAAGUAAUUUAAACAACAACAAAAUACUUAUAGUCGACUUGAAAAAAUAUCUAAUAAUAAAAACAACCAAUAACUUUUAAAAAUGUUUAUUUAAAUUUUAACCAACUUAUUAAUUAUUAUAUUUAAACAACUUUGGCUGAAACGUAUGUUAGAUAAAGUGUUUUCACAAACAUUUUAUCUUGUGAAACACAGAAUUUUUACUUGAUUUGAAUUAAGAUACAAUUAACUAACUAAAAAAUAAUACAAAACAACAAAACAAACAAAUACACAUAAUGAACAGUAUAGUAUGUACUCAAAAUAAAACAAAAACAUUGAAUUAUUGAAAAAAAAAA